AUGAAAAGGAAAGGUCAAGAUGAAGAUCCUGAAAAGUUGGUGUACAACACUGCGAUGUCCUUGUCACCUUCCACAAACUUCAUUUGCAGAGAUUGGGUGAGGAGCAGUGGGGUUCAUGCUUUUUGUGAUAAGGAGCGUCUGCUAGCUCUUAUACCUCGGGAGACUAACCACCAGCUAGAGAGCUUGUCUAUAUUUCAAGACCCUUGGCAUAUUCAGUCCAUGUGCUUACCCUCAGAUCUGGUCGACUCCGAAAUAUCUGUGCUGUUUGAUGUUGAUACAGGACAGAUCGCAGAGCAAUCACCUCCGUUGAUCCUUCAAUGUUUCCCUCAUAUGCCAGCCUCAUAUACCCGACGCACUUUCUACCAAACCAUUGAUCAUAGUGUUCAGAUCGUCAGAUUCGUGCUUUGGGAAAACUUGAUGCGGGAUAAUGAGGGGACUUUUGAAUUGCCCGAUACUUCACGAUAUGAAGUAAUUGACAGGCAUGGCAGUGGCCAUCAUGAUGUGUUCAUCUCCAUCCUCAAUACUCAGACCUCUCAAUGUGAGAAUUAUCUGUUUCUUGGAGGGGACGCUCACGUUGUAGUCCAAUAUGCACAUGGAUUAUUCAUCGUUCAUGAGAAUUCAGGCACCAUACAUAAAGUUGAACUGGCAGGCACUCAGGCUGGGUGCAAGGAAUGGAUAGUGCUGGAUGGCUGGACAGAUAGUGCCCAUGCCAACAAUGCCUAUAUGUUCACUGUCACGGGAGAUGGAUCUAGGUUACUAGGAUUGACCACCGACUGGAAUAAAAGAGGCGGGUUCUCACUACGAGAGUGGGAAACAUCAACCGGAUUCCAGUCAGACUCUACCAUCUUCAUUGAGGGCAUCCGAAUUUCGCCCGACGGUUCGAAGGUCGCCGUCGCCGAUCGAUGGUGUCUUUUCGGGCCGGCAUUCAUAAUACCAGCACCAUCCAGAAGAGGUAUCAGGGUCCCCAUAAAGGUCGGAGAUGUGAAAUGCUUGACGUGGUUUCCUGAUAGCGAUCAAAUUGUCUACCUUCGAAGGUGGCACUGUGGGCAUCAACAUUGUCACAAAUGUUAUGAUCUUGUUGUUCAGCGCCUUAUGAGCGGACAGAGUACUAUGAUUAACCGUUGGUAUGAGGGUUCAGUACACAAUAUUUUGGUCACUGCGGACGGGUCCAAGGUGAUUACUCAGGACAACGAGUCAUUCAGAACAUGGGACAUUUCGGAUUUGUAG